CCCUGUCCCGGCUGCCUGGAGCGAGCUGGGCGAUAGCGACGCUGGGGACGCUUGUGUCCGACCUAAGGCACGGGGAGACCGAGCGCUACCUCCUGGGCUGGCCGCUCCCGCAGGGGGUGGCUACCGCUGAGCCUCGCCCGGGCCGUGUGAGGCGGCGCCCCCUGCUCGCUGGCUGCGGACGCUGCUGGGAGCUGAGCCGAGCCGAGCCCCGCCGCCUGGAGCGGGGAUGUCCGCGCCGUGCUGCGCGGGCCAGUUGGCCUGUUGCUGUGGUACUGCUGCUUGCUCCCUGUGCUGCAAAUGCUGCCCCAAGAUAAAGCAGUCUACGAGCACCCGUUUCAUGUAUGCACUUUACUUCAUACUGGUAACGCUCAUCUGCUGUAUCAUGAUGUCAAGAACCGUAGCUACUGAAAUGAAAGAGCGCAUUCCUUUUUAUGAGCACAUCUGCAAAGGUAUUAAAGCAGGUGAAACGUGUGAGAAGCUAGUGGGAUACUCUGCGGUAUAUAGGGUCUCUUUUGGAAUGGCAUCUUUCUUCUUUAUCUUCUUCUUACUUACCAUCAAAAUUAACAACAGCAAAAGCUGCCGAGCAUACAUUCACAAUGGGUUCUGGUUCAUUAAGCUUCUAGUUUUGGCAGCCAUGUGCUCAGGCGCUUUCUUCAUUCCAGAUCAAGACACCUUCCUUAAUGCCUGGCGCUAUGUAGGUGCAGCAGGAGGAUUCCUUUUUAUAGUCAUUCAGCUUAUCUUGCUUGUGGAGUUUGCGCACAAAUGGAAUAAAAACUGGACGUCGGGCACAACACAUAAUAAACUGUGGUAUGGCUUACUAGCUCUGGGCACUCUCAUCUUGUACUCCGUUGCUGUGGGAGCCGUGAUUUUGAUGGCUGUCUUUUAUACACGCUCUGAGGGCUGCACAUACAACAAGAUCCUGCUUGGUGUAAAUGGUGGCCUGUGCAUUCUUAUUUCAUUGGUAGCCAUCUCACCCUGUGUCCAAAGUCGCCAACCACACUCUAGUUUGUUGCAGUCAGGAGUUAUCAGCUGCUAUGUCAUGUAUCUCACGUUCUCAUCUCUGUCAAGCAAACCAUCAGAAACUAUCUUGGAUGAGAACCAUAAGAACAUUACAAUCUGCGUACCUGACUUUGGCCAGGGCUUGCACAGAGAUGAGAACCUGGUUACUGGAUUGGGCACUGCUCUUCUGUUUUGUUGCAUUUUAUAUUCUUGUUUGACCUCAACAACUCGUUCAAGCUCUGAAGCACUGAGAGGAAUAUAUGCAACGCCUGAAACUGAAGUAGCUCGUUGCUGCUUUUGCUGUGCACCUGAUGGAGAUGCUGACACCGAAGAGCAUGUUGAAGAAAGGGGCGGUCAGACUGUAAUUUAUGAUGAAAAGAGAGGCACGGUAUACAGCUAUGCUUACUUCCACUUCGUUUUCUUCUUGGCUUCUCUCUAUGUGAUGAUGACAGUAACUCACUGGUUCCAUUAUGAAGGUGCUGAGAUUGAAAAAUUCUUCAGUGGAACCUGGUCCAUCUUCUGGAUUAAGAUGGCGUCAUGUUGGGUGUGUGUCCUACUCUACCUAUGGACUCUUGUAGCACCUCUCUGCUGUCCAACCCGACAAUUCUCAGUGUGAGACUUCACAAGCACUAUUCUGUUACAAAUAUAUCAGUCACUUCGAUGGAGAAAUAAGUCUAUCAUCAGGUGUCUUAACAUGCUGAUUAGUUACCUCUUGUCCGAUGAAACUAUAGAUCUGAAGACUUCCUCUUUUUUUAACCAUUUUUUUAACUGUCUGAACAAAAAUGGAGCUCCAUGGAACAAAUCUAUUCAAAGACAGUGUUGCAACACUGAUGCAGAAGGGUGGGGAAAAUAUGGGUAAUGUUACAUAAACUGGAAUAAAUAAAACAGUUGUAGAAUAACUGACAAUCUGACUUUAUUGGCAAGAAGAGCAAAACCAAACAUAGUGCAAAGUGUAUCUUUUCCUCCUGUGGAAUGUCAGAUACCUUGUAACAAAAAGAAAUGUAUUCGUUUUUAUACUUUUCGAUGAUGAUGAUGAUGAUUCAAAUUCAAACUAUCCUUUUAUACUGCACACAAGUCUUGAUACCUGUCUCAAGAUAACUUUCUCCACAAAUGCACCUGAAGUACUACUUGAGUAGUAGAAAACGAGUAAAUGUUUGACUGGGGUGGAGUAGGGCAGUGUAUCUGCUCAAAGGUUUCUAAAUAUAUUAAAUUACUCAAUAUAUUAAGUUAUUACAAAUAUGGACUGAUAGAGAAACAUACCAAUGGCAAUAGAAAUAUUUAUUAUGUAAACUGAAAGGCACCUUUUUAAGUACAAUUGAUCAUAUGAAGCGCUAGGAGACAUAUAUCUGAAAUAUUCAGAGAUGCUAAAUAUUGUAAAAGGAAAUGCUGUUAAUGUCUUUUUUAAUUCAAAUUUCUACAGAUGCUAAAUAGUUGUGUAAUUCAAAACAGACCCAAUUAUCAGCAAAAUGUGAAUGCUGUAUGUGUCGUUUAAACUAUCAUAAUGAAACUCCUGAGGGAUUUGUUUUGCAAGCGGUAACUGAGUGCAAACUGCCCAGUCUGUACAGGGAUAUUAUGCAUAGUACAUUCUUUAUUAAAGAAAAAUCACGUGUUCCACACAAACAAAGGAGAUUCUUAGCAAAUAUAGGGAAACAUUGCUCAACAUCUUUAACCUUAAAAAUGAGUGCUGAGCAUUAUUUUUGUCCUCAACAUAUUUACCCACGUUUAGAGGUUUCCCUCAGACUUCAACCUCAAAUUUUCACUACUAAUUUCCUAAUACUUUAAAGUUGGGAUAUGGCCAGGAAAGGAACUAUGUAAAAUGGCAUCACCUUAUUCAAUAUGUCUGCUUCUUGGGUAUUUAGAGUUGUGCACUUUUUUGGGAAAAAUAUUUUUCUACUUCUUUACUCCAGCUAGCUAUAAUGGCACAGCAGUGCUAUGAGAGUAUGAGCGAAAUUCUGUUCUGGUGACACAUCGUUAACAGAUUGGCCUGUUAACUUCCAUAUGGAGAAUCUUCCCAGCAAGUUAAAUAAUUUUUUAAUAUGAAUGGAAUAAACAUGGUCAGGAGAUUACUGAGCCAAUAAACAUGAACCCCUCAUUGCCCUUAUUAGUUAGUUUUCCUGGUUAGAACUACUCUUUAAAUAGAUCAGUUAUUCAGUAGGUAAAUAAAAAGAAAACUAAUAUGAAUCCUUCUGAAUUUCAGUAGAUUUGACACUAACCUAUUCAUACCAGUUUGUCAAAUUAACAUAAAAAACAGAGAGAAAACUAUGCACUUUGAUAUGACUGUGCUGUCUGUCGAACUACAAAAAGUUAGUGAGCUUUACAUCUCUGCUGACCAGAAAAAGGGAAUGGAUGAGAGGGGAUGGAUCACUUGAUUACCUGUUCUGUUCAUUCCUUCUGAAGCACCUGGUAUUGGCCACUGUUGGAAGACUGAAUACUGGGCUAGAUGGAUCUUUGGUCUAACCCAGUAUGGCAUUCCUAUGUUCAUCAUCCUUUUACUUGGACCCUUUCUUUAGGAAUUGAAUUCUUGUAGCAUAAUGUGUUAAAAGAAAAAAACCCACACGAUCCUGAUGCAAAUAGAUGGUCUAUUAACACAUUAUCAUGCCUUCAUUGUUCUGUAUUGCAAUAAUUUAUGGUAGUUCUAUUACUGCCAUAUUACUUGGCACCUACUAUGAUAGAUUUGUUCUCUUAAUGCUAUCUUUAGUACUUCUAACAUGCAUAUUACUGGCAUCUGUGCACUGAGGGGUGAGAUGGAGAAUUCUGGUUCCUGGCUUUAGCAGGAGUAGAUGCAGAUUUUUAUACCCAGGGUUAGGUACCCUCUUUCGUCAGCUUAUUGUUUGACUUUUCUUUUCUCCCAGGUCCUUUCCCUAAACAACCCAUACAAAAACAAAAUGUACCAUCCAGUGCUAGCUUCCAGUAUUGCUUUUUAACAACUCAGUAAAACAGUUUGCUUAAUGCUAAGGAACCAUCAUUGAAAUAAAGAGCAGAAAUAAACCGUUCCCCUAUGCUACUGGGGGAAGGUAAUGGGUGCUCCUGAGCCCCCUAAAGACCUCUCAAGUAAAAGGUUUCUGGGCUUUCUCCUUGGAGUCAGAGGGGCAGGAAGUGACUGUCUCAUUCUGGGGUCUGAGUUGAACUGAUAUGGCUCUGCAAGGGUUGAAUUACUCCCAAACCCUGCACAUCCUCCUUCCUCAAGCAAACUCUGCAGAGUUUGCAAAAUCCUAUAAACUUAUGCUACUAACCCCACUGUUCCCAGGGGCUUAGGUAUCCAUCAGAAUCCCCUCUAUGUUGAAAACUGAUGUGUGGGUUUCUUUGGUAUGGCCGUGAAUCUUUCCCCAGUCUCUCACCCACACCUCAACACGACUUCAGCUUAAAUAAGUUUUGCUGUUACGUUACAAAGGUGAACAAAUAGUUUUCUGGGUUUUGAUUGAUUAUGCUUCUAUUAUGAAGGCUCUGAUCCUGCACGGAGACCUCACACCUGUUUAGAGUCCCAUUUGAAAUCUGAAAUAAAGCAGGAGAGAGAGGCCCAUGAGAUAACUAGGGGUCAUCUUGCCCAAAUUGUAAUGUUUACUGUGAGAAGAACAGGAAAAGCUACAACAUCAGGCAAAUUGUAUAGAACGUUCAGAUUCAUUGUAAUUUUAAAAAAAAAAAAAUUUUUUUUCAAAUGAGAAGAAAUUAUUGCUAGUGUUUAGCCAGUCAAGAGAGCUGAUAAGCAAAUUUGUAUUUUCAGUUUGAUUUGUAUAAUUAUUAUAGGUUUUUCAAACUGUUUUGAUUUGGUUUUAGGACUCUGAACCACAAUCGAGGUACAAUCCAGAAAAUCUGAAUGAAAUUCCCUAAUGUUCAAAUAUCUGUAAGUGUAGUAUUGAGGUGUCAUAUACAUCUAUGGUAUGAAAAACAAGUGUAUUAAAAUACUAAUGUUUUUGUGACUAUAUUAUGGCUUAACUCCUUCAGGUAUCUUUUAAAAUGUGUAUUGGCCAAGGCAUCCACUAAUAGUGACUCACUGCCUAUGCAUAAUCUGUAUACAAAAAAAAAAUCCUUAUGUACAUACUGCAUGCUCAUUGUAGUUCAGUUUAUGCAGGGCAAUAGCUGUUUUGCAUGGAGGAAAUGAUGGCUGUAUAAGGAAAGAGGCACCAGUCAUUCUUCCUCCUCCAGCACUUGCUUCCCUGAGUCCACCACACAGGCCCAUCUCACAAAGUACAUGUGCAUAGGGUUUGUAGAAUUUGGGUAGGAUGCAGAGGGAGCAGUGGAGGAUGACUCUACACUGCAUUAUCCCACUCCAAACUAACCUUGUGUGAGCCAUGCUACCAGAAGGAGGAGGCCCAGAGAGUAACUUGCAGAGGCUGUCUCUUUAUACAGAUGUCCAAGAUCCAUUUGGAUCACCGGACAGCUGUGCAGAUGGAAAGCUGUGCCUGUUUCCACCGGCUGGAGAAGAUGACAUCACCUUGGGUCUCCUUUAGUGUAGGCCCGUGGAGUUUCCUCAAUGAUGUAUUCCCUCUGUAGGCCAGGGGAAUAUUAGGAGCCUUAGUGUAGUUUCUUAAAAAAAACCUCUACUGUGAACUUCCUAUUGACAGCUAUUUGUAUGGUUCCUAAAGUCACGUGUCCGGGUCUGUCACAAUUCAGGCUAUCCAGUUCAUUGAUCAUUAUCUGCUCAGGUGAACAUGCAUUUUUAAAAGUGCCUAUUAUACAUACCUCUGCCAUAAUAAUAAUUCAGUUAGACUGAAACUGGAAGAACUGAACUGAGCCUAUGAUUCAAUGGUGCUGCCCUUUACGUCACCUCUGACCUUAAGAUGCGCUAAUACUUACUGUGCAUAUGAAAGACUCCUGGUAUUUUUAAGCUAUACUUGACAAAAUUCUGUGGUAGGACUCUGAUGCAGGCUACUGCUCUGUAGUGAUCAGGAAUAGGAGAUGUUCUGGAAAGACUUUUUAAAGGAGGGAAUGAGAAGUCUCUAGUGUCUAAUGCUUCAAUGUUAUAAAAUGCUUGUGAUGAGUCAUGUAUUAGGACAAUAGCUAAAUAAAAGCAGAACUUUAUCUCCCUGUGCAUUUAUUGUGUAAGCUAGUUAACUGUACCCACUUGAUCUUGCUUGACAUCUGGUAGACACCCAGUGCUCUCUUUUGUCCUGGCAUGUGCCUUGUAUAUAUCUUUGUUCUUCUGACUUAUUGUAGAACUUAUGGGUUGUUAGUCUGCCUUUUAAAAUUUGCAAGAAUCUUGAAAGCUACCCACUUUCACAAAGAGCUUUUCCACCUCUGAGAAUGGGGAGCAUAUUACUGUUAAUGGGCAAAACCCAUUCUUCCUCUGUUCCUCCUUCCAGAAGUCCAUUCCAGUUUAAUUUGUAUUUAAAUUAAAAGGCUGGCUCAAGUCUUAUUUCAAGAAGGCCUCUUGUAUUGGAGGAAACAUGGUUUUGCUUUGCAGUAAGUUUGUGUUUUUGUUGAUUUCCAUCUACUUCAAAUACUACAUUGGUUCUGAAUAAUUUUUUCUUCCUUCCUGCUGCACUUCUGCUUGUGCCUGCAGCAAACUUCCAUUCCUUUGUUUGUGUCAGUAAUGACCAUGAAAGCAAUUGUGGGAGCCCAAAUUCCCUCCAAUUAGAAGUCAAGAUGACUUUGGAGAGAGCAAGCCUUCAAACCCAAAUAGCUGGAUUAGCAAAAACACUUAUAAGGACCAAGUGAAAGGCAAAUGGACUUGUCUGUGCUCCACUUUCCCACAGUGUAAUAGUUCCUCAAAGUAGUCAGGCUCCAUGAGCAGGCGGAUGCUGGGAAAUGUAAAAGUAAAUUGUGCUCACAUUUGAAAGGACCGCACCAUUUUAUAUGCUAAGCUUUGAACUCUUUAAAUCACUUCAUACUUCAAUAAUUUCAAUUGAAAUUUGGAUUGGCUUUUUAAAAAUACUAAGUAAAUUACUUAAACAUUUAAUUUUGUUAAAGCUUUACUGUGGUAGUCUGGAUUUUCAAGUAUACCCAUCAAGGAACUAAAACAGUGGAGAAUGAUUAAGAUGAAUCACUCCGGUUGCAAGCACCUCCGGAGAGGUACCAACCCCUGGGGAUGUUUGCAUGCACUGGUUCAAACUGGGUUCCCAGAGACCAACAGACACAGGGCUUUUGGCAUAAAAAGUCUGAGUUUAAAUUGACACAAGGCCUUUCUAAUCCAGAAAACAGGACCUUCCAUCCAAAGACGGCCCAACCCUCGCAGAAAGGUUGGAGAAAUCUUGGCUUAAUAGGACCCCCAUAAGACUACUGGUGACCUCUGGAAAGUUUUUAGCAUGUGUAUAGCAUGUUUUUGUAUGUUUUCUCUAAUGCUUUUACCCUAAGAAUAAAUGUGCUUUGCUUUUGUGAAGGAUGGUUGGUAACAGUGUUGUAGCCCUUGUAGAAGGUUAACUGGUCAGACAUGCUGGGGAAAUCACAGCAUGGUGCAGAGGGAAGAACUCCACACCUAACCUCUGUCUGGAUGGAAAGCGACACUGUUGUCCAUGGAAGGUGACAGCUGGAAGUCUGAAACUUUAAGCUGGUGCCCUUGAGGAAGACUGGGUGGGGAGAAGCAUUUAACUCGAAACUGUGACAGAUCGUGCCGAUCAGGAAAGCAGUAGCACCAUCAUGCAAAAGUUUAGUCUCAGGCAGCACUUUAUUUCCAAUCAAUGCAUCAGGAGAAUGUAGGCAAUCGGAAUGUAAUUACCCUGCUUGUAACUUGUCGAGGACACCAGGGCUAUCAGCACGUUUCAAAAACUGACUGGAAGCUUUAAUCUUCUUAUGCAUCUUUCAUAAGGUAAACUAGCAAAAUUAUCUGCAACUGAGGCUUGAUAGUACUUACAAUGUCCUCGCUUUAUUCUUAAUUUUUGGUUUCCACAAAUAUUUGUCUCUCUUCCUCCGUCUGUGGGUCCUUGUUUUGUUAGCCUUCUCUCUCCUUGGUAUCUUAAGAAAAUAUAAGCAACUGAAAACUGGCCAGAUUCCUACUCCUAGUUCCUAAAAUUGGGAAAUAUUUUCAGUGAUAGUAAACAGCAAAGUUUCUUAAUUUGUACCUGGUGAUCUCUUCUCUUUGGGACUUGAAAGCAAAAUGGGGAUCAGUUCUAGUAUUCAAAACAGCAGACCCACCUACUUUUUGCCUCUAUGCUAAAAUUAUCUUUCUGAUCUCCGUAAAGCAGAAUCUAGCCCUUGUGCUCCGGAACCUCCUGAAGGAGGAAAAUGCAUCAUGAAUGCAGUGGAAUUUUAUUCUCUUAAUAUUCUGGUUUUUAAGUAUUGUGUAAACAUUGUCUACACUGGUGCUUCACUUGCCUCUGUAAAAGGGACUCCCAGGGACCAUACAUUUUAAAGGCCUUGACUUUUUUUAUAUUUCUGACUCCCAACUGUCCAAUCCCUUGUUAAUAUACAUUAUUGUAUUUCCCACAUCUGAAAUGGAAAUGCCCAGAAAUGAGGCAUAUCUAUGUAUCCCAGAUAUGUCCGUUGGGACAGAACACUUGGCUUGGAUUACUGAGGACUGUCAUGAUGAUUCAAUCUCUAACAUGGGAAGAAGCUUUCUAGCUUGGAAGUAGACCUUAAACCCACUAACCUUACUAAUAGUUAUGGUUUUUAAUGUGAGUUAAAGCUUUUCCACAUCUGUCAAAACACACAGUUUGAAGUUAUUUCAAACAUAUUGACUUAUUUCCCCAAGUUGUUUUUCCUGCUCUGACUACUGUUAUCAUAAGCCAUUUGCACAAAUCUCUUAACAACUGCUGUUGUCAGUCUUGAAAUCUUUUCAGCAUUUUAACAAGGCUUUAGAAGUUCUGAUAAGUCAAAGAUGGGGGCGGGGGGGAGGGUGCAGUCCUGUAGUUGUAUGUUCGCCAAAGAAUUCUCAAUCCGAAGCUUAGACAAAUUUUGGAAAACUAUAAGGAAAUCAUGUAAUGUUACUCGUACCUUAAAUUUAUUUUUCUCCUAAUGAAAUAUAUCCAGAUGCUUAGAUGUUAUUGGGCAGUAGUUGUGAGCCUGAUGUGAAGAAAAUUAAUUUGUUAGAGAUACUUUCAGCUUGAGCUUAGUACCAAAAUUUAGAAUAUAAAACUCCAGAAAAUAUUUACAAGAAACGUAAUAAGUCCAUUGUACUGCUUUAUUUACCACAAAUUGAAGUUUAAUUUUCCAUGCCAUUUCCAAAAACGGGAUGCAAAAUAUCCAAAACUUUAAACAUUUUUUUAAAAAACAUUUUCAAAUGUUUAGUCUUUUUUAAAGUUCUUUUUAAUAUUUCAAAUAAGCUUUUUUUAUCUCUUGGUGUACUUUAAAAAAAAAAAAAGAAUGUUUGUAUUCCAAUAACAUGGAUGUUUUCUAGUUUAAGCUUUUUUAACUGUUUGUGAAUGUUAUGAUCUGUAGCAACUUUAAGACUGUUUUGAAGUUUGUAAGCUGUUAAUGAUUUCAGAAUUUAAAAACAAUUUCUUAAUUGUAAAAUCAACUGUAAAUAAUUUUCUUUUUAAAGCAUGUUAAUGGCUUUUCAAGAAACCUUUCCUUGAUAUGUUGAGUGUAAGUUGUUAUGGUUUUAAUGUUUAUUAGACCAAUAAAGUUCUGCCUGUUUGAAAUUACAA